UCCAUUGGUUGACAAACCCGUCCUUCAGCUAAACCCGGAAAAAGAAGAACCCGAACGCCGGAGUUUUUUCUCCUCUCGUUCGUUUCAGCUUUCAUGAAGCUUUUCGGAGCUUCAUUUUCAAACGUAACGUCACGAAAAGAAGGGAAACUGGUUUCACAACAAAAAAAGAGCCGAAGCACACAAGUGGACUUUGUUUAUUACGUUCAAACGAGCAGGGGAUUCGUCUUCGGCAGCGGUUUAGCUCAAACUCUGGCCCGGCAACAGACUGGAUCUGACUCCGGUUGGUAAAUCCUGAAGGUUUGUUAAUCCGUUGACCGACUGAAGUAGAGACUAUCAUGGCGUCACUCAGCAGCCUGUCUCUGCUGGGCUUCAAGCAGCUGUCGGUCCACCUGGUGGACUGCAUGAAGACACCGGCAGACCCGAGACCAGCUGUGAAGCAGGAACCAGGAGGGUCAUCGGAUGACCUCUCAGUCCUCGCCCUGAAGGAGCUCUCUGUCCGCGUGGUGGACUGUAUGAAAACUCCAGGACUGAACGGUCAGAUCAUCCAUCGGGCAGCAGGGCAGAGUUACCCCGGCGUUGAGGUCGAGUUGAAAGAGAACGACGAACAGCUGGAGACCGACCAGUGCUUUGAGAAUCCACAGCAGAUGAACGUGAUAAACCCGGAGCUGGAUCAGCACCUAGAGUGGUGCCACACUGACCUCGGCGCAGAGAUCAAUUUAUAUAAAGAAGAAGCAGCGUCGGAGUGUGACGACAGAGACCCCAACUGGGAGGAAUCUGAAGCUAGAGAAACAGAUGAACUUCAGCCGAGUCACGCAGGGGCUGAUGGGACACUGUUAGUGUUUCAGCAGGAAGGCAGCUCAGGUGGGGUGACAUGGCUCAUACAGGACCACAAACUAUCCGAGUCCCUUAAAUCAGCCAUGCUGAGUGGUGCAAGCAGUAAUUCAGAGGUGCGUCAGGAAGAAGCCUGCUGCAAGGAUGCAAGAUCACAACAUAGUCAGAAAAACUGCCCUGCGGACAACAUUGCCACAGCGGAGCAACGUGGCACUGAAGCAGGGGAAGAAGCUGGAGAUGUAGGAGCUUCUGAGCCUGGAGCCGGAGGUAAAUGUUUCUUUACAAUUGAAAACCUAUCUUAGUUUUAUUUUGGACUUUCUUCAGUUGAAAAUGAUUCAAAUGAAAACUGUUCCAUUGCUGUUGAAUUUUUAAAAUGUAGUUGUCCAAUGCUGUGAUCAGGGCGUGGUAUCAAACCUCAAUAUGGGUUUUCUUUUUUUUUGUUUUUGUUUUUUUUGUUUUGUCUUUUUUUGCUCCUGACCAAAAUGAAUUUAAAAUGAAGUUUUCAACUGUCAGCUACUUUUUAUUUUAUCAGAUUGUUCCAGAUUUAAAUCAAGAUUUUGCCAAUUUUAUGUUAUGUUUUCUGAAGACAAAGUUUGUUAAUGGCUGCACGUUUAAAUAACAAUUACAGUGUUACCCCUAGAUUUACUACUUUGUGGGGGCGGGUGGUGUGUUUCAAAUAACUGAUUAAUCAUUUUGUCUGUAAAUUUUUCUGAAAUUUUUCAUUAAAAGUUACAAAAAAAUGUUGCUCAUUAAUUU